AUGACGUCAUCGGACUGGCUAAGACGAGAAGACGCCUCCUAUUCAACACCGCCUAUGAUAGUGGAGAAGAGCUGCUCCUUGGAACAUGCGAGUGUAGAGGAAUCGGCGGAAUCGGCGUUCUCGCCAUCCAACACGAGUUUGGCGUCCAGCAUCGGUUCAUUUGAACAACUGAUAAUUCGAAUCGGACGUUUACUGCUGAAAAGGAUGCGCGUCGAAAACGACAACUUGGAGGGUGUUGCUGAUCAAGCUCUAUCUCUUCUUACAGAAAUGAAAAGAAAUCCCGACGUGAUGCCUCCAUACAAUGAAGCAGUCAUGAGGGCCUGUAUUGCGAAAAUGAACGAGCUCUAUAGUCAGAAUAACGAAUGCGUUACACGAUUGAGAUCAGAAGGUGAACGAGCAAGUCGUGAGCUUGAAGCAUUAAUGAUAUGUCGGAAUGAAGCUCUACAGCACAUACGAAAUAACCUGUGUGAGGCAGAAAUAGAGUUCUUCAAUGAGUACUGCAGCUGUUUGGCCGAAUUUCAAGCUGGUAUCGGUGAAAAUGGCGUUAAUCUUUUGUUAAGUACACAUCCACCUAAAGCACUGUAUGUUCAGGUUGGUUAA